AUGGCGAUCCAAGGAUUGAUCGUGGCCGCUGCGGCCCUCUUCGUCUCUAUGGUCGCGCUGACGGCAACGUUUAUGCAGGUCCUCCAGCAAUACUACGCCUCUGCCGCCGGCUAUUCGCGGUGCAACGAAAGGUUCAUGGGCGGCUGGGCGAGGACCAAGACCAGGUGCUUCUCUUGGAGAGAGCUGAGAUACGAAGUUCAGUAUGAUGCGCCCGUCAUCUUCGUCUCUCCCCCGAACAACGACCGCGGCCCGGUCCCCGACGCCCCGAUAUACUUACUUGACGGCACGCCGCAGAGCUUGGAAGAUACCUGGACCACGUCGGACCUGGAUCCGCGCAAGGGAUAUCGAGAAAUGUCGGCCAAGGAGCGUGUCCACACUGACAGUGAGCGGGCGUCGUGGUUCGUACUCCUGCAUGCCAUUCAGCGUAUGGAAGCCAAGUCGAGCGAAUGGCAGAGGUUACAGUACCCCCCUCCCGGUGAGCGAGAGCCCACGUACGGACUGCCGAGAACGCCCCCGUCGCUCCGCGAGCACCAUACUCUGACCGUGGCGCUGCAGCGCAAGAGGAAAAGCUGGGAUACCAUGCCGCCGUCCAUGACAAAACCCUAUGCGAUAACGACCAUGUGUCACUUGAUCGAGAUGCUUGCGGCGCUCGGAAUUUACUGGAAAGAAUUUGACCGACGUCUUGAUCGCUACUGGGCGGAAGGAAACGGCUUUCUGGUUCUUGGCGAACGAAACGACCUGGGAAUCGUGUUUUCGCUGCAGGUUCACGGCCAGUGCACAUUUGAGCGAAAUCGAGUGAUUCCUGUCGACUACAUCAAGGAGCUCACCUUUGGCUACGUGCCCACGAUAUACCGCGACACCAUUGAUCACAGCCGAGUCAAAGUACCGAGUGACAUGCCGGAGAAUCUGAGUUCAUUACAAAUGAGCAGUGAGCGAGAGCUGGCAGAGAGCCUGACAGUUAUUGGAUGCAAUACAAAUGCAGUAAACUACUUUCUGGAAGAUGGCAAUCGCACCUCGCACAUAUUCCCCCUCGCAUUUGAAAUCUUGGGCAUGCUCAGCCAGAACCUUCACAUCAACAACAGCAGCUUUACGUACAUCCCCAAUCCAACGCCAUACGUCUUCGACAAGCGCUCAUUCUCGCUGCGCAAGCUUUUGGAAGCGUUCAAGUCACACUUUGACGGAGAAGCCAACACCACGCGCAACCAAAUUAUUGUCGACACUAUUUGCCACCAUGUCAACGAUGUUUUGAAGUUCUACUGGGAAAAGAACGGUGCUCAGCGGCUGCUUUGUCUCAAGGUUCUGCAUGGGGCCAUUGAUGAUAUGGAUGAGAUCCUGACUGCAAAGAAAAAGGCCCCAGUGGAAACGUGCGCCGAGGCAUCAGACGCCAAAGACGCUACCGUGCCCGUGGUUGUAUGCUCCGAAGACCAAGGCGAAACGGCAGUCCAGAGCAUACGCCGCGAAGCGGUGCAAGAUGUCCUGCGCUCUCACAUUCAAGAGAUUCUGCGACUGCUCAACGAGCGUGACGAACGCGCCGAGACACAGUCACCGGAGGUUCAUCUAACUGAGCAAUCCCCGACCUCGCCAAAACAGUUACGACUCAACGAACGACUCGGCCCGCGUACCACGCCACCGCCUCGCUUCGAGGACUUCGACGACGCCAGCCCCGACGAGCGCCAGAAUCUGCUCAUGGACGUGUAUUUUGAAGUCGUGCGCCCGCGCGUCGUGCCCCGGGCCGCCUUUUCGGCAGACCGUAGAGCGAGUCUGGGCGGAGGGCAGCGCCAGCAGAGCCUGCCGAACAUGCGCGGCGGCGAGCGCAGCAUCUCGCGCGGCCCCAGCCUGGCGCCGCCGCCAGGCUCCAGCCGCCACAGCUUGUCCACCGGGCCCGUCACCGACGAAGACGAGAGCGAUGUCGACGUGGCCGUAACCAGCGAUGCAGGCGACGACGAGGAAGUGCAAGGCGAGAACGGCGUGGCUGUGAACGCUGCGGCGAUGGAACGCCGCGGGAGGAGCCAGAUGCCGCUCUCGGCGCAGCCGCCUUCGCAUGAUGACAUUUGGUGCACGUUGGUGUUUAGGAUGAUUUGCUGGCUCAUGCUCCAUGACUUUAACAAGUUGGACAAGCAGCUACCCAAGAGUGAACUCUUGGGCAGUCGCGUGCCCGUCUACAUUGCAUAA